UCUUGCUUUCCAAGAAAUUAUUUCCCGUUCAACAGUAGAUUAUGUUUUCAUUUGCAAAAUCUUCUCGGUGUAACAACUUCUGCUUUCUAGUUUUUCACUUUUCAUCAUUUGCAUCUAACUUUGUUAUCCUCUUUGAGUUUGCUUGAAAAUUGUCUUUUUGUUUUUCAAUCGUCUUUGUCUUGUUGCACCAUUUCCAUCAUUGUCAUCAAAGAGUCACCAAAUUAAAUCUUUAAAUAUUCAACAAUUUACCCGUAAACCAUCCAACAUUUUAUAUCACAUUAUUGUCCUGUUAAUAUUGAUCAACGCUCAGCCAGUAUCAUCACCAUAAUUUUACGCCAAUAAACUGAUGAACAACAAAUGUGAUAAUAUUUUGUGUAACUCUGUUGAAUGCCAAAUCACAUAUUACUUUAAGCUACUUUUGCUAGUCUUUGUUUACACCAUCAGUGCAAGGCUGAACUUUUCAAACUGAUGAAAUCUCUUCGUAUAUUGCUGCUUGGAGCUAAAUCCGUUGGUAAAUCAGCCAUUGCUGUCCGUUUCCUAACCAAACGUUACAUUGGCGAGUACCAAACAGAUUGUGAUAUUUUGUAUAAGCAGACCAUAAAUUGUGAUGACGCCCUAACAAAUAUUGAAAUUCUUGACUUUUCGCGACACAGUCAGGAACAAGAUGUUCUUACAAAUUAUGAUGACCUCAAGGACCAAAUCAUUUGGGCUCAAGCGUACAUGAUUGUUUACAGUAUUUGUGAUGAGCCAAGUUUCGUUAAAGCUCAACAGUAUGUCAAGCUAAUUUGUAAAUUGAGAGGCUUAACCAGUCUACAGGCACCUAUGGUCCUACUAGGUAAUAAACGUGAUCUUGAAGUGGGUCGGAAAGUAAAUUUAGAGGAAGGUAGAAAUAUUGCUUACAAAUUUGGGACACAAUUCUACGAGAUAUCUGCUGCUGAAAACUUUGUUGGUGUAACUUUAGCCUUCCAUGGUUUGAUCAGAGAAGCGCGAUCGUUGUUUGAAAGAUUCAGUGGGACCACAAUGACAUACCAGCCUGGUCAGGCCAUUAAAAAGUUGAGCUUAAACUCAGUUACUCGAGCCUUUGGUGCGGUUUUUGGUGGUAAAAAUAGUCCAGGAUCUUCUCAGUAUUACACUAUCAUUCGAGAUGGGCGAGUUAGUUUGUCCAAUGAAGGAUCAACCGAAGAUAAACAUCGAAGAUCAAACAGUAUAUCACAAUCAAAUGGCAAUCCGGGUCUGAUGAACAGCUGUAAGCAAAAGAAAGAGAUUAUUCUGGAAACAGCACACAAACGAAGCCCUCCUAUUGCAUCUUUAUAGCCUCAUGGAAACAAUCAAUUGAUUAAAUUUUAACAAUAAACCAUUCUCUCCAUCAUCGUCAUCUUCAUCACCAAUUUCAUCGAUACAACUCAACAUUGAAUACUUAUACUUUUUCAGUUCAACUUGGCUGUUAUUAUACCAGAUUGUGCUACAAAUAAUGUAUCUGUAAAUAAAUGGAAAGGUUAUAAUCAUUGUCGAAAAACGAAAUUCAACUUUUCCAUGCAAAACUUAUUGUUUGAUCUAAAUAUAAAAUCCUUUUGUUACUCUUGUUUAUUUAAGAUUUCAUGACACUAUUUUCAAUUGAUAAUGUUAACCAUUUCAUAACGAUUUAAAUGUAUUAAAGAUUCAUUAAAUGAUAUUCAUUUACA